UGGGACGACGGGGUCCACAGGUGCGUGCUGCGCUGGAUGCUCAAAUCGGGUGGAGUGGGGAAUCCAUCCUCGCUAUCCCCAGCAUCGGUUUCUACGGAUCGGAAAAUUAUAUAAGCUUCAGGCCUUUCCUUCGCAGUUGUUGAUGAGGUUCAUCAGUUGAAAUCAGUACUCCACGGGUAGAUUGUUGUGGAGUAGGUGCCGUUGGUUCUGCCUUUGCGGUGAACAUGUUGCAAUGAGGUCAGUCAUUGUGUGAGGAGCGUGUGUGAGGGAAGGAGGAUUGUUACCCCUAGUCAUGUGAUGAUGUGGCUCGUCCGCGCAGUGACAUGAAUGUUAAGUGCAAUUUGCAGAAAAGGCUGUUUUAAGGGCUGUUUUUUGCAUCUUUGCCGGCAGUAUUGGAAGUGAUAAUUCCGGGUGUGUUACCGGGGUUUUUAUGCUCGAGGCGAAGUUUUGGCGGUAGCUUCGGGAGCAGUUUUUGUGGGUUUUUGGAAUUUUCGAUCCGGCACACUCAUUUGGUGAAACCCGUUGCUGGAGGGGGUGGGCGUGGAAGAUAUUCAAAGCAGACACCACUGUUUGUAAGGUGACGUCUGUGCUGAAUUUGAGGGUUGAGGGUUUCGCCUUGGGAUUUACGCGGCGUGUGCUAUUGCGUGUGCCUGGGGUACGAAAUUUUUUAGAAUUGUGCCCAAUUCACAUGCCAGAAAGUUUAUGGCGGUGGCAGCAAUCGCGUUGACAGGCCUGAUUCAGAGGCCAACUUUCUCAGAGGGAACCUUGACCCCUUUACCCAUCCGGCGGCGAGGAAUCAAGCUUCCGGCAGUCGGGGGCUCUGUUGCUUCCACCUCAUGGCAGAAGAGACGUGGGCGGCGUCGGAAGAUUUCACCCAAACGUAACCAGAAGACGAUUGAUCCGGAAUUCGACUUGGUCAUUGUCCCUGCAGAUGGAAUCUCCAUGUCUGGGUCGGAGUCCGAUGUGUCUGACUGGUCUGUGGGUUGGUUUGAGCCCCACCACAACGGCUUCACCACGGAGAAUGAGCUAGAAGAUAGCUUCGCGGUGCUUGUCCCCUGCUAUGGUUCACCAUCUCCAAAUAUUGCUUCUACGGCGAAGUCUUCUGCAAAGGCGGAGGAGCAGCCGCCUUGGGCCGCAGUGCUAGCUAAUCUUUCUAAACAUACUUAUGAGGAAAACAAGAAACAUCUGGACAAUUGGCUUGCGGGCUUGUGACAACACUAACUGCAUCACAAGUGGUGGAGUGGUGAGUCCAGGAAUGCAUCCUUCGGCCACCCAGGGUCUCAUUUGUCAUCACAAUAUCUCUCUCUUUUGUACAUUAACACCCAAGGCAAUUGCUGUUAGGAGAGAGGAACAAAAAGAACCGGAGUUUUAAGGGGGUUAUUUUACAUGCCCUUUCUAGAUGUUGCACAAUGUGAGUUGAUGCUGCGUUGUAAUAGUAUUUGUUCGAUUGACUUACUAACAAACACCGCCUUCGAGUUGAGCGUAAUCUGUACAGGUGACUAGUAUACCUAGCUCGCUGUAGGAGGUGGGAAAAAGAAACUCACAAAAAAAAUUUAGCGCUGGUCUGGAUGAUGUGAUUGGAUUUUCUGAGCACGUGGAGGCCAUUGUAGAGUCUAGAUUGACGCAAGUACUCCUCCUCUCGGUGGUAUGAUUCGCUGCCAUUGCAAUAAGGAGGGGCGCCAGGUUCUGGUGGUGGCCUCAGUAAUCUAGGUGUUGUGUCUUGCCACAGAGGAAUAUAUCUUCAUGAAGUCUGAAACAAGACUUCAAGUUUUUGUUUCGCAAGAGGAACAUAUUUGUGUUAAUGUCUGAAAUCGAGAACGGAAUUUUCUAUCGGUUCCGGCAAAUCUUCUUUGCGUC